AUGGCCAGGCAUAGCCAGCCCCAGCUUAUGUGUGAUGAGGACAGCCUUGACCGAGUAAGUACGCAGGUUAGUGAGGUCUUUAAAUGGGGUUGCACUGCCGGCCGGUUCCUUAAGAUGUCCCGGAAAUAAUAAGAAUUGUUCAGGCUUUUUGGCAACGAUGGUCAAGCUCAAUCCACUCGCUGCCCUUGGCUUCCUCGGCCUGGCCAGCCAAGCCGCCGCUGUCACUGUCAAAAUAAUGCCCUUUGGAGCCUCAAUUGUCGGCGCACCGGGUUGUUGGCGAGCUGUGCUAUGGAAGAAGCUCCAAGGAGCCGGCAUCACCAACACGGACUUCGUCGGCUCUAACAAGGCUCCGGACUGCGGCUUUCCGUAUGAUGGAGAGAACGAAGGCCAUGCCGGAUUCCAAGCUACAGGGAUCGUUACCGAUAACCAACUCCCGGGCUGGCUGAAUGCCGCAAAGCCAGAUGUGAUGAUGAUCCAUCUUGGCACAAACGAUGUUAUUCAGAAGAAGUCGAUUACUGACAUCAUGAGAGCGUAUUCGACGCUCGUGGACCAGAUGCGCGCUAGCAAACCCUCCAUGAAGAUCAUCGUCUCCCAACUAAUCCCUAUCGACCCGUCCAAAUUUGCAGGGGCCCAACAAGGCAUCAUCGACCUCAACAAAGCCAUCGUGCAGUGGGCGCCCACAAAAUCAACCAAGGAAUCAUCCAUUGUCGUCGUCGAUAAUUUCACAGGGUUCAAUGUAACGACUGACACCGUUGAUGGCGAGCACCCCAACGAUAAGGGGAAUCAGAAACUUGCCGAUAAGUUCUAUCAGCCACUCGUGGAUGCGAUUAGGAGUGUGAGUUAAAAGAAAGAGAAGGAAGAGUCAACGCACAGCGGAGCUAUUACCUUUUUUUGACAGGGUUAAAGUGUUCACUAUUUAUUGUUGGAUAUAGAUGCGAGCAGUUUCCUUCAAGAGCAGGCGCAGAGUCAGUAAAUAGAUCCCGCGUGUACGGAAGGACCAGAAAGG